UGGGAUGCUAAGAGCGGUUCGGCUUGACUAAGCGACCUUUUCGACAAGCAAAUUGUGCACAAAGUGGGAAAAAAGGUGCGACACGUUUUCCCGCGCACACACAGCUUUUCGGGGACAGGCCGGAGAGAGAAUAUAGCACAGAAGCGACCAAUUUAAUGGUGCUUCCAGAACGACCGAAUCGUGCUCAAUUGCCGUGCGAAUCGCGAGGAAAUUUUCCGAGACGGGAAAAGUGUUGCAAUCCACAAAAGAGUGAUAGUUUUUCUGGUGCGCUCAUGUGGAAGAAAUGCACCACUGGCUUCUGGUGUUCAGCAGCAAAAUCCGUCCAUUCGAAGUGCAGCCGGGAAAUUACCAUCCACUCGCCCAAUCCGAUCCUGACCACGAGUCCAGUGACACCAUGAAGCUCGCCUGGACGCUGCAGGAGGAGCUGAUGGAGAACGCCGGCCGGAAGUGGAAUUACAAGAAGAUCGCCAUCAUCGCGGCGAUCGUGGUGGUGAUCCUCGUGGCCAUAAUUGUGCCCGUUGUCCUGCUGACGGGCAAGGAUGAUGAGGAGUCGGGCAGCAAGACGCCGCUUGAGCUGGAGGAUGUGCUGACGGGACGCCUGUCGGCGAGGAGAUUCAACGGCAGCUGGAUCAGUGAUCGCCACGUGCUGUUCCGCGACGUGUCCGGCGAUGUGAUCCUGUUCGAUGCCGAGGCGAACAGCCGACGAGUGCUGGUCAGCACGCUGAACGCCAAACUGGCGGAGGGAGUGAAAUUCGACCUGUCGCCGGAUCAGAAGUAUCUGCUCGUGGCGACGCAGCACAAGAAGAUCUUCAGGCACAGCUUCCUGGCGCUGUACGACAUCGUGGAUCUGGCCACUGGCGUGAUCUCGCCGGUGACGGUGAAUGGCCAGCAGGUGAACAUCAUGUACGCCGAGUGGAAUCCAGUGUCCAACGCGCUGGUCUUCGUGUAUGCCAACAACAUCUACUACUUGCCAGUCGUGGGCGGCAAUCCCGUCCGGCUGACCUCUGACACAGAGCCAGCGAUCUACAACGGUGUGCCGGAUUGGGUGUACGAAGAGGAGGUGUUCUCCUCCAAUUCCGCCCUCUGGUUCUCCCCGGACGGCCAGCACCUGGCCUUCGUGCGCUUCGACGAUCGCCCCACGCGUCUCAUGCACAUUCCCUUCUACGGACCGCCCGGACUCCUGGAGUUCCAGUACGUGCGCGGCAUUGAGAUCCACUAUCCCAAGGCUGGCACGCCGAAUCCCACCGUCUCGCUGCACACGGUGAAUCUGGCCAGCAUUUCCGAACCCACGCCGGCCAUUGUGAAUUUGCCGGCGGCCGAGCAAGUCCUCGCCGAGGAGCAUCUCAUCACCAGCAUCCAGUGGACGACCAACGACAGCCUCGUGGCCGUGUGGAUGAACAGAGUGCAGAACAGAUGCUACAUGACUCGCUGCAAUGCCGACUCCGGGAGCUGCCAAACGAUCCUCAGCAUGACGUCAUCUGAUGGCUGGGUGGAGUUCUUCAAUCCGCCGCUGGUCAAUGCUGACGGCUCGCAGUUGGCCUUCAUCGCGUCGCAGCCGCAGGGCAGCAACGCCGGCAGCUAUCGCCAUCUCACACUCCUGCCCACAAGCUCAGGCACCUCCCAGGCACUGACCAGUGGUCGCUUCGUGGUCACCGAGGUGCUCCAGUGGGACACAGACGCCAAUGUGAUCUUCUUCAUGGGCAACACGGAGACGCACUCGGAGGAGUUGCACUUGUACGCCAUCAGAGCGUCCGCCGGCGCCCAGAAGCAGUGCCUCACUUGCCAACUGACCGACGGCCACACGUACUUCGGCGUCUCCUUCGCUCCCGGCGGCCGCUUCGUCACUGUCAACGCCAUGGGACCGGCGCUGCCGCGGACAGACGUGUACUCCUGGUCGGCUGACGCCAGUGGGAAUGUCGCGCUGACCCACUCGCUGACCUGGGAGGCGAAUGAGGACAUCGACGAGCUGCUGAAGGAGCAUCUCGUGCCCACCGUGGAGAAGGACGAGAUCACGCUGGACAGUGGCUUCACGGCGAAGGUCCUGAUGCUGCUGCCGCCGAAUCUCGAUCGUGAUAAGAAGCACCCCAUGCUGAUCGACGUGUACGGCGGUCCGGAUUCCUACAACGUCGUGGAUCGCUGGUCAAUGGACUGGGGCUCAUUCCUGGCUGUGAACCGCUCAAUCAUCUAUGCCAAGAUCGACGGCCGAGGCAGUGGCUUGAGAGGUGACAAUCUCCUGCAUCAGAUCUACCGCAAGCUGGGCACAGUUGAGGUGGAGGAUCAGGUGGAGACGGCGCGGAAGCUGCAGCAGAAGCACUCCUUCAUCGACGGCUCGCGGAUGGGCAUCUGGGGAUGGAGUUACGGAGGCUAUGCCAGCGCCAUGGCGUUGGCCAGCGAUGGGAAUAGCGCAGAUGGUGAAAAGGUCCUCAGCUGUGCCGCUUCCGUCGCCCCCGUGACUGACUGGACGUACUACGAUUCCAUCUACACCGAACGCUACAUGGGUCUGCCCUCUGUGGACGACAAUAAGCUGGGCUACGAUCGCUCGCGCCUCAGCACGCUGUACAACAACUUCGUGGGCAAGAAGCUCUUCCUCAUCCACGGCACGCUGGACGACAAUGUGCACUACCAGCAGGCGAUGGCGCUGUCGCGCAGCCUCGAGCAGCACGAUGUGCCGUUCAAGCAGCUCACGUAUCCGGACGAGGAUCACGGGCUGGCCGGCGUGAGGCCGCACUUGUACCACUCGCUGGGGCGCUUCUUCGACGAGUGCUUCGCCCCCGGCGGUGCGCAGUAGCGCCAUCGCCGUGUGCCAUCGCCUGGCGGCUCCGCCCACCGUCCGUCCGCCGGCCAUUCCACGCGCCUCGCAGGCUAGUCAAGCUGAGUCGGUUGUACAACUGUUGAUAACUUUUUGCUCAACACUUUCUCCGUUCAAUAAAGAGGUCUUAAGUUUAAAUCCAAAA